AUGGAAGAAACUACAACUGCAUCAUCGUAUCAAGAGCGCGCCGCCGAAAAGCGCGCCAACCAGCUGGCCCUCAUCCCACCCGAGUGGCGACUCUCUCCAAUCCCCUCGGCUGAAUCACACCCGGAUGCACUAUCCUAUAUUCGGCGCGUCCUAACACCUGCAGAGCUCGCACUUACAGAGGAAACGGACAUCACAGUUCUACUCCGCAAGCUUUCUUCCGGAGAGCUCUCCUCGCUAGAAUUAACCACCACAUUCGCUAAGCGGGCAGCACUAGCCCACCAACUCACAAUAUGCUGUACCGAGAUAUUCUUCGAGGAAGCAUUUGCGACCGCGAGGGAGAUGGACGAGUAUCUGACCAAGACGGGCAAGACUGUCGGACCUCUCCAUGGGCUGCCUGUCUCUAUCAAGGACUUGUUCUCCGUCAAGGGUGUGGAUACUUCGAUCGGAUGGGUCGGCUUGACGAAUAGCCCCGCCCCUGCCGACAAAUCUGUCGCGCGCACCCUCCGACGGCUCGGUGCCGUACUAUACGUGAAGACCAAUCUUCCGCAAUCAAUGAUGAUGUCUGAUUCAUACAAUCACGUCUUCGGGCAAUGUGUUAACCCACUAAACCGCAAUUUGAUUUCUGGCGGUAGCUCUGGUGGCGAGUCUUCGCUUGUUGCUGCCAGGGGAAGCGUGCUGGGCAUUGGCACUGAUAUUGGUGGCUCCAUUCGGAUCCCAGCUAGUCUGUGCGGGCUGUAUGGUUUGUCGCCAACUCCCGGGCGGCAUCCCUAUGAGCGCGGAAAUCCCGGUCAGGAUAUCGUUCGCUCGGUUGCGGGUCCUAUGAGCUGUAGUUUGGCUUCGAUUGAGCGAUACAUGGAAGCCUUAUCCUGUGCAUCGCCAUGGGAGCUUGAUCAGCAUACCGCUCCCGUGCCAUGGAGGCGAAACAUGGCCUCGCUAAGGGCCAAGCGUCUCCGAAUUGGAUUCUUGGUUGAUGACGGUGUUGUCAAGGUACAGCCUCCCAUUGCAAGGGCUGUCUGGGAAGCUGUCGAUGCGCUGAAGGCGGCUGGUCAUGAAGUUGUCCAAUGGGAUGCCUCUUCCCACGGAUACGCAUAUCAACUCUGGGAAAAGGCCAUCCUCUCCGACGGCGGCGAGGGCUGUCGCAAGAAAAUCGAAUUAACGGGAGAGCCACUUAUUGAGGGCAUGUUGGUGGGAACUGAGAAAGAUAUUAUGACGACCUCUGAAACACAUCAACUCAAUGCCGAUAAAUAUCUCUACGAGAGUGAGUAUCUCGACCGCUGGACAUCGUCUGGCAUUGAUGCCCUCAUCAUGCCGAAUACGCCAUGGGUCGGAUACAAACCCUGGACAUGGGUCAAAUCUAGCGCGUAUGUGGGAUACACAAGUAUUUGGAACUUGUUGGGUUAUGCCGCUUUGACGGUCCCUGCUACAACGGUGUCGAAGGAGAAGGAAGUCAUCGACCAGGAAUGGAUAGAUCAUGUUCCGCGUAAUGCUGGCGAUAAGUUUAACAAGGAGCAAUAUGACAUUGAUCUAGUUGAUGGCAUGCCUGUUGGGCUGCAGAUUGUUGGUGGGCGCUUUGGAGAGGAAAAGUGCGUGUCUGUGGCAAAGGCAAUUGAGCAGGCUAUGAGAUGGAAGGAUGCUGCCCGGCCGAGUCUUUGA